CCUGCCGGCAGCCGCCUCCCCAACCAUCACGUAAGUCCCAGGAAGAGGAGCAGGAGGAAGAGGAAACGCAGGAGCCGCGCAGCUCCCAGGGUGCAGUGGCGCUGCCGCCCGCAUGGAGCCCAACGUGCGCUUCUGGAUCACCGAACGCCAAUCUUUUAUUCAGAGAUUUCUUCAGUGGACAGAGUUAUUGGAUCCUACAAAUUUGGUCAUUUCGAUUGAAAAAAUAGAAAAAUCAAGGCAACUACUGUUAACAAAUGAAGACGCAUCUAUUCAUGACUUGGAGGACCAAAGUAUCCAAGAAGCUUGGAAGAGAAGUCUUUCAACAGUGCACCCUGACAACAGCAAACUGAUCCCCGUUCUUUUCCGACCUGCGGCUCUCCUGCCUUUCACGGCACCCAUGGUAUUUUUGUCGCUGGUGUCAGUAAAAAGUCUAAAGUCAAUGAUUUUACCUCAGCUGUCCUUCUAUACCUACAAUACCGCUUUCAACAUCAUCAACGGAAACGCGAGUUAUAAUCGUCACCCGUAUGAGACUGUGUUACUAGGGGCCGGAGCAAUCGUUUCUACAACGUUUUUUGGAAUAGUCCCUCGUUUACUCCAAAUCAAGUUCGCCCUGAAAAACAUUUUGAUAAGAAAAACCUUGCCUGUCAUCAUUCUUGCCCAAGUCAGUGGGAUAAAUGCUGUCGCAUCCCGGAGUUUUGAGCCUGUGCGGGGGAUCGAGGUCAUGGACAAGGAAGGCAAUGUCGUAGGCUAUUCCAAAAGAGCUGGGACAAAGGCCGUUAAAGAUACAGCAACAUCCAGAGUCGUGCUGUUUGGGACGUCAGCUUUGAUUCCCGAAAUCUUCUCAUACUUUUACAAAAGGACCCAGUUCUUUCUGCGAUAUCCAAGCUCAUUGUGGACUUUAAAGCUGUCUUGUACCAUCUUUGUAAUGGGACUGAUGGUGCCAGUUUCUUUCAGUAUGUUCCCUCAAAUUGGACGGAUACAGUACAGUAAGCUUGAAAAGGAAAUUCAGUCUGCAACAGAAGAAACAGAACUCUUCUACAACAGAGGGGUGUAGGGAUGAGUUUUAGGUGAAUUUGUUUGGUUCCUGCUUACAAACCUUCCUCUCGAGGUUUUAGUUUCGAGAACUCUGCCAGAGGUCUCCUGGAAACCCCAGAGGUGUCUGCGCAGAUAAGAGGGCUUACAAUCACGGAUGCCAAGACCUCGUGGAGGCUGGUCACACCUGGGGUUUUUAAGCCUGGAUGGGAGAAGAGGAAUGAGAGGCUGUCCUGUCUGACCCUCCCCCAUGGAUUGCUGAGGGGUGGGCAAUGUAGGAUUCAGUUUCCUGGUUCUUCAUCUGCCUGUGAAAGGGUAUUGUGAAACUACUAAUAAACUUGUUUAAAGUUGA